AUGUCUCGCCACCACCCCGACCUCGUCAUGUGCCGCAAGCAGCCCGGCAUCUCGAUCGGCCGCCUCUGCGACAAGUGCGAUGGCAAGUGCCCCGUGUGCGACUCGUACGUGCGGCCCACCACCCUCGUCCGGAUCUGCGACGAGUGCUCCUUUGGCAACUACCAGAACAAGUGCGUCGUCUGCGGCGGCGAGGGGAUCAGCGACGCGUUCUACUGCUUCGAGUGCACGCGCCUGGAAAAGGACCGCGACGGGUGCCCCAAGAUUAUAAAUCUAGGCAGCUCCCGGACAGAUCUGUUCUACCAGAAGAAGACGAAUCGGACGACGAAUUACUAG